AAAAAAAAAAAAAAAAUGAGUACAGCUGGAGGAAAAGCAACCAAUUUUAAGCGUGCAUCACGACCAAAAGGACCUAACAGAGGCCAACAAAAGACAAAGAUAGUCGUUCGUCGCCUUCCGGCCAACUUACCCGAACAUGUUUUUAUGGAGUCUAUUAAACCAUUUGUGCAAGAGACCUCACUGGAGAGACCGACUACCUGGGUUGCAGGGAAAGUCAGCAAAAAUCCCGUCAAAGGAAACACAUUUGCUCGUGCUUAUAUCUACUUCAAAAACGAAAAGCUGGCUUUGGAGUUCCAAAAUGUAUAUCACGGACACAUGUUUAUUGACAAGCAAAAGAAUGAAAGCAGGGCGUUUGUAGAAUUUGCACCUUUCCAAAAGGUUCCACGCGAACCACGCAAGGUUGAUUCAAAGCAAGGAACAAUUGAACAAGAUCCGGAUUACAUCGCAUUUCUCGAAUCGCUGAAUGCUGAACCAACCGAGGCUGAAAAGGAGAUGAAGUUGUCAGGAACAGAAUUAUUGCUGAAGGAGAGUGUUGUAAACCCAAAAGCAACUCCGCUGCUGGAGGCCUUGAGAGCCCAGAAAGCUGCGGCGCAAGCCAAAGCUCAGGCCGCCAAAAUUGCUGCUCGCCAAGCGAGGCAGGCAGGGAAAGCUGGGCUUUCAAACGCUACAAAGGGACAAAUUACCAUUCUCAUUAAUAGGAACGCCAAGGAGACUAGCAAUAAUCGUGGCCAAUCCUCAAAUGCUUCUGCUGCAGCCAACAAGAACCAACAACCUCAACAGAACCAGCCGCAGACUCCACAAGGGCGCAAAUCAGCUCAAAGUGCACAAAAUGUCCAAAACGCCGACACUGAGAAUACCUCUGGGUCAAAACCCAAACGUGAAAGAAGACGCAAUCGUGCCAGCAAGAAGGCAAAUGCAGAUGCCUCUAGUUCUACUACUGGAGAGGCUGCAACACCACAAAUUACGCUUUUGAAGCCUAAAUCCACGACCAAUAAUAAUACGCCCGCCCCAUCAGCCCAGAAUCCUCCUAGUCAGUCAGAACCAAAGCAACAAAACAUCAAUAGCGGAUCACACGGGAACCAAGAGCCUGGAAACCCAAGCGGUCGUCGUGGACAGCAGCAGCAAGGAAGCAACAAUGUCUCAACAAAUGCUAAAAAAGAUAGUUUACAGACAGCCAAUUCUGAAGGUGGAUCUGGCCGAUCUAGCCGAUCCCGUAGAACUCGAGGAGACCGUGCUAAACAAGAGGCCAAGGCCGCCACCAGCAAUGCCACUGUCGCCAACAACAACAGUGGGAAUACUACUAAUGUUCCUCCAGCCUCUGGAAAUAAAGGACAAGGAGGACAAAGCACUGGAGGGUCUGGAGGGUCUGGACGACAGGGACGUAGUCGACGAGGCCGUGGAGGUGGACAAGAUAAUUCACAAACCUCGACAGUGCAAGGGUAACAUGCAGCUGACGCGAACUGGCCCCUAAAUCUAUCAAGGAC